AGAAGCCACGCAGAGGGAUCCUGGUCAUGGUCACGGCUGCUCCCUUACCUGUGAGGAGAAAAAGUACCGAGUGAGCGGUGGAAAACCAGAAAACCGAAAUGUUCUGCCUUUGGAGAACUUCUGACCUAGCAGUGCUCUUAAUAUGGGGGGUCUUUGUGGCUGGGUCAAGUUGUACUGCUGAGAAUAAAACAACACAGAAUAUGUCGGAAGUGAACACUACAGUGUCUGUACAGAUGGGUACAAAGGCUCUGCUCUGCUGCCCUUCUAUUCCACUGACUAAAGCAGUAUUAAUCACAUGGAUAAUAAAGCCCAGAGGCCGGCCUUCCUGCAUAAUAUCCUACAAAGCAGAAACGAAGGAGACCAAUGAAACCAACUGCUCAGGCAGGGGCGUCACCUGGGCCUCCACACCUGACCUCAGGCCUGACCUUCAGAUCAGUGCAGUGGCCCUCCAGCAUGAGGGGAAUUACUCAUGUGAGAUAGCAGCACCUGAUGGGAAUUUCCAAAAAGUCUAUGACCUCCAAGUGCUGGUACCCCCUGAGGUAAUAUACUUUCUAGGGAAAAGCAGAACUGCAGUUUGUGAGGCAAUGGCAGGCAAGCCUGCUGCGCAGAUCUCUUGGUCUCCAGAUGGAGACUGUGUCACUCAGAGUGAGUCACACAGCAAUGGCACCGUGACUGUCAGGAGCACAUGCCACUGGGAGCAGCACAAUGAGUCUACUGUGUCCUGCUUGGUCUCUCAUUCCACUGGUAACCGGACUCUGUUCAUAGAACUGAGUAGAGGGGGUCACCAAUUAUUACGACCAUAUGUUCUGUACAUCAUACCAUCUAUUAUUAUUUUGAUCAUCAUAGGAUGCAUUUGUCUUUUGAAAAUCAUUGGCUUCAGAAAAUGCAAAUUGCCAAAAUCGGAAGCUACUCCAGCUGUUGAGGAGGAUGAAAUGCAGCCUUAUGCCAGCUAUACAGAGAAGAGCAAUCCACUCUAUGAUACUGUGACCAAGGUGGAGGCAUUUCCAGUGUCACAAGGCGAAGUCAACGGCACAGACUGCCUUACUUUGUCAGCUACUGGAACCUAGAACCAAGGAAAGAAGUCAAGAGACAUCAUAAUU